UCACGUCUGUGCAAGAACAGAUCACAACAUGUGAAUCUUAGAUGCUUCAGAAUCUGUCUGGUUUGUUUUUUUACUCUCCUGGAACGGCCAGCCCACAUUACCACAUGAUGUUUAUGAUGGCAUAAUUCUGUGGGAAUUUUCCUGCACAUCUUGCAGUGCUUUACUCCCUCUCAAUUGGAAAGUUUACUUAAAGUUGUGCCUGGAGACUGUAUCGACGGGCGGCCCAGGGACCCCUCCAGGCUGGACAGGACACGGGACGUCGUGAGAGUGACGUCUAAGAGGUCCUUCCCCGCUCCCUAGACUGUUUCAGAGACACCCGCCUCCGAACCCUCCAUACCACCAUGUCCAGGGAACAGCUCAACGUGGGGGAUCUGCUUCCUCUGCUGGAGACCUCUGACCUCCGCCAGCUGGAUGAGAUCAAGGGCCUUCUCAAUGAACACCUCAGCACAGAUCGAGGGUCUGUGCUGAUGAACGGCUUGGUGGAUUAUUUCCUGGAGACCAACUCCGCCCAGGCAGUGCACAUCCUGUCCUCAGUGAGGGAGCCACACGAUAAGCACCUUUUUGAUAAAAUGAAUGAAUGCAUGGCUAAAGCCCCCUGUCGCCUGCCCACCCUCACUCUACUGGGGCACGUUGUCCGUAAGCAGCCGUCUUGGAUCCACAAGAUUUCCCGCUAUCCGCUGCUGCUGUCUCUCCUCAAAUGCCUCAAGACGGACACAGACGUUGUGGUUCUGAUAACUGGAGUCCUGGUGCUCAUCAUACUAUUACCCAUGAUUCCCCAAGCUGGCAAGCAGCAUCUCUAUGAUUUUUUCGAUAUCUUUGGCCGUCUGGCUUCUUGGAACCUGAGAAACCCAGGACACGUUCCGGAGGUUUAUCUCAUCCACCUGCACGCAAGUGUCUACUCGCUCUUCCACCGGCUGUAUGGGAUGUAUCCCUGCAAUUUUGUGUCUUACUUGCGCUCCCAUUACAGCAUGAAGGAGAACGUAGACACUUUUGAGGAGGUGGUCAAGCCCAUGCUUGAACAUGUCAGAAUACAUCCCGAAUUAGUGACCGGAACCAAGGACCAUGAACUAGAUCCCAGCCGGUGGAAGAAAUUUGAAAUCCAUGAUAUCGUUAUUGAGUGUGCCAAAGUCUCUCUGGACCCAAGGGAGGCGUCCUGCGAAGAGGGCUAUGCCAGCAUGCCUGAGCAUUUCUGUGCUCAUCUACAACAACGUCCGGAUGAUUGCACUGCCAGCCCUUACGGUGACUUCCACAGUAGCUACGGAAGUUCUUCCUCGACUCAUUUCUCCACCCCUCGUCAGCCUGUCGUCCAUCCCUUGGCCCUGUCCUCUUUCUCAGGGACGCAGCCCCCCUAUCGCAGCCCCACUGGAACCCGUCGGCAGAACUCCAGCUGUGAAUUUAAUGCCACAUAUGGCUUUAAGGAUUCCCUCUGGAGCCCCUCCUCUCAGUGUGGGAUGGCCACGCCCCCUUCCUCUCGUGGGAUGUCACCAAACCCGGAAUUGUCCCAGAGUGCCUCUCACCUACCAAGCCGCCUCUACAGCACACCUGCAGGUGGAAAAGGCACCCCAUCCUCGAGCACCCCUGCGGCCUCUUCACCUCCUCCCAGCCUCUCCGAUGAGUUGUCCCCUGUGUCUCUGCCUCGAAGUACCGCCAGCCCACCAUGCAAGGAUGGUAGACCUUUAGACCACACCAAACCUGUCUUGGUCAGACAGGAGCCAGUCAGACAGGAGCCAGACAGAGAGCUUGAGAAAACUGGACCUGAAAUGUUCAAUCAUAGAGAUGGCAGAGGUGAGAACAUGCCCAUGACCCUGACCGAGCUCUCUGUGUACAUGAAAGAGCAAGAACAAGAGAGGAUCGAGAAAGAGCGAGAGGACGCUGCCAUCACAGAGGAGCUUGUAAAGUUAACAGAGGAAAAGCAGGAUUUAGCUGGCCCUCGGGGCUUUGACUCUCCAUUUUUCAGCACCACAGAGACCCUGACCGGAGCGCAAGAGAAACCACUGCCCUGUUCUGUCCUUGGGAGCUCGACUAGAGACCCUAACACUGCAAUCUCCACGCCAGACAAGACCGAGAUCACUCCUGGGGACAGAGGCAGAGUCAGCAGAGGCCCAUCCCAGGAGCAUCCCUGGUCCUUCCAGCCAGUGUUCAUGCCCAUCGAGCACCAAACGCAUAGCCAACUUCAUCAGAGCCCCUCUGCACCAGAGGAUGAGGCCCUUAAAUAUGGCUUGUGCUCCCCGAGCCCAUUCAAGGCGCCACCCCUGCCGUAUGAGGCUCUGUUUGACCUGGCCCUGCCUCGGGCAGCCUCACUCUUCGUGGGGAGGAAGACCUCAGAGAUUGUGCAGCGAGAAACCUGGGAGAGGAUACAGAGAGGAGAUGUGGACAAACAAGGGGAGGAGGGGGGUGCGGUGUCUGCCUCCCCCUUGGAGGUGCUGGAUCGCCUCGUGCAGCAGGGCAGUGACGCCCAUGACAAAGUGUUAAAGAGAUUGCCUCUGCCAAGCAAGUCAGCUGACUGGACACACUUUGGAGGUUCUGCUCCUCUGGACGAGCUGCACACACUGCGCAGUCAGCUGCUGCUGUUACACAACCAGCUCCUGUACGAGCGCUACAAGCGAGAGCAGCACGCCGUACGCAACCGACGUCUGCUUCGGCGCAUCAUCAAUGCCACCGCACUCGAGGAGCAGAAUAACGCCAUGAAGGACCAGCUGAACCUGCAGAGUGUAGAUAUCAUCUCUUUUAGAGAGAGCCUGCAGGUAGAGCAGCAGAGAUACCGGCAGCUCUGGGACAACCGAGAGACUGUGGUUACAUGCCUGCACAGCCAGAUACGGCAGCUACAACAGGCCAGAGAUGACUACUACACCAAAAACCAGGAGUUACAGAGUAAACUACAAGAAUGCCAGAAGCGAAUAGGUGAGAUGGAGGCGGAGCUUCAGAAGGCGAACAACAAGGUGUGCCACACAGGACACCUGCUGAACCAGCUCACUGCCAAGUUGUCAUCGAGUGAAAGUAUUCAGCAGCAGUUGAGUUUUCUAAAUAAGCAGCUGCUACUGCUAGGAGAAGCACAUAAACUGUGUGUUCAGGAGCUCCAUCAGGCCGGACCAGAUAAUAGCAAGGAGGUGCAGAUGUUGCAGACAUCCUGGGGGAAAGAGACGGAGCGUCUAAAGCAGAAUCUGUUGCUUCAGAGCCAAAAGCUGGAUGCUGCUCAGCAGAGAGUGGCAGAGCUGGAGACUCAACUUGCUAAGAAAGAGCACCUUAUUGUAGAACAAAAGAAGUUUCUAGAAGAUGUCAAGACUCAGGCCAAAGGGGAAGUGCAGGCCUCUGAAAGCAGAUAUCAGGCACAGAGGUGGGUAACUCUGGCUCUGCAGACUGAGCUUCUACAGCUUUACAGCAGGCUGGAAACAGAAGAGUCCUCUCCCACUGCUUCAGCCUUACCUACAGAGGGUGCCACUGAACCCCGCAGUUCCACCGAGCACAGUGUCAUAGUGGUGGAUGGUGCAGUAAAAACAGCCAUCAAAGAAGAUGGCAAGUCUCCACGCGGCAAUGGCAGCUCUUCCUCGGCCAACUCUGUAAACGGCAAUCGAGACACUCCCCCACCUGUCCUAGUGGAACCUCCCCCUCACCGUCCACAUUCCCCGCUGGGACCCCCAGGACCUUUGGUACCUUCUGACAUUCCAUUCACUGUAGGUUCCUACCCCAGUGCCAAGAGCUUUCUGGGUAUGCGUGCAAGAGAGCUGUUCCGUAACAAAAGCGAGAGCCAGUGCGAUGAGGACGAAGCCCCGCCUCCGCGUCUCACUGGCUUAUCACAGGGCCUGAAAACUGAGCUCUGCGUGGAGCCGACAGCGAAGAGUACAUCCAGCUCCACCGCUGCGCAGAGCUUCAUGCUCAUCACAUCUGCUAAAGAAACCCAACCGGAUGCUCAGAGAGCCAAAAACCGAGACCCGUUCCGCUCAAGAUGCCCAGAGAGACCCAGGCAGCAACCGUUAAGGAUCAUGGACUACAACGAAAGUCAUCAGGAACACGGCUAAACUUAUGGAAAAAUGGUGAAAGACAGGGAGGUAGAGGAUGGAGAUAUGUGCGACUUAAGAUUAUAAGAACACAAGGCAAGACUCUUUCGAUUUUCAGUGUUAUCUGUCCCAUUUCCACAAGCCGACAACAGGAUUUGGAGCUAUUAAAUCAGUAAAACCUCCACUAAGAUGGGACAAGUGGAAGGGAUGGACUAAAACGACAUGUAUAAAAGUGGUCACAAAAUGUCUUUUAGUUACCCCACUGUGUUGUUCGCCAGAAGUGUCACCGCUACAUCUUUUAUUUGUUUUUGUUUUUUUUGCUCAUUUAUCUGCUCCCUUUAACCAAGUAACUGUUGCAGCACGUGGAAGCUUUGCAUUUAGGCUGUCAUUUGCAGUAAUGGUACAAUGCUUACACCCUCGCAGCUCACCCGCACAGAGCUGAAGUGUGUGCUUGGAUGCCAGGAGGCGGAUGGUCGGUUGAAUGGAAGCAGGAGUUUCUGGGUUUUAAGUCAUCAGGUUUUACCUUUCAGACAAGUCAAGUGCGUUUUCAUGUGCUCAAAUCAUGUUUCUCUUUACUACGUUUCUGUGUGUGUGUGUAAAAAUUCUGUUAGUCUGUGUGUGUGUUGAAAGAGAUGGCCCGUGUCCCAGACUUGAUUCUGGGUUAAAUUGCACUGUAAGUGGUUACUGAUUACGGAAAGAAAUAUUUCACAGCCUUGGACUAGACUAAAUCAGGAUCCCAGAAAUGAUACAGCCUCGACAUGUUUUUAUAUAUUUUUUAAAUUAUUUAUUUUUUUGUUCUCUCCUUUUUAGCUUUACAAGUAUUACUAGUGCUUUUAAAAUUUAUAAAGCAACGUAAGUGAACAACGGCCAUAGAUUCGUGAUAGAUCCACGACUAAUCAAACCUAUGAAUCAUAUCCUCCUGUAAUCUCUCUAAAACAUCGCAAGUAAAAUCUAGAUGAUGUAAUGGCCAUUUUAAAGAAUUAUCCUAAUAAUAAAUAAGUCAGACAUCAGUCAAGGAAUUGCUUUGACGAUACUAACCUUCAGUCUCAAGCUCAGUCAUCGUAUCUGCUCAUAACUCAUAACGGAUGAUGGUAUGUAUGAUUUGUCUUUUACCCUCUCACUUCAGCGCACUGCAGAUGUUCAAUGUUAUUAUUGCUAAGUUUGCUUUCUGGGUGCCAAAUACUCAAUAAGAUGAUGACUGUAUUCUGUAGAGCUUAAAUGUACUGGUUUUUGUUCUAUUAUUCAAGCUCAUCUGUUCUUCUUCUACCGGACCAUAUCAGUUUGGGGGGGUGAGUAUAAGACCCAAGGUCUGUAAGUUGAGAUGUUGUUGAGCAAAAAGUAUAUGGACUCUAGUGAUAAGAGCUGAAAGAUGCCAAGUAGACAGCGUAAAAUAUUCCACAAAACGUCCAUGUUGAUAGUCAGAUGUAAUUUAGGAAUUACGGAUGUGGUGGUCAUACUCAAAUUGUUCCCAAAUCCUGUUGUCCCCUUGAAGUCUCUGCUGUUUCUUCUGCCUUGCUAUCUAGAGCAUGUACAACAAUCCUCUUUUAAUGGCAACAAUGGAAACUAUCAAUUAACAAGAUACAAGGUACAAUCAGCGAGGAAGGAAAGGAACGUUUGAAUUUGAGCUCCUUUGCUGGAGAGGAAAGUUCUGGGGUUUGUUGGGAAGGAAGGGGUGGUUGGAAAAGGUCCUUAAAGCAGUUGCUUGUGUUAACUGUGAAUGACAAAAAUAAAAUGAUCUUCAAUGUUUUGCACUACA